UAUGUUAGACAUUAAAGAAGUAAUUAGAAGAUCUUUAAUGUUAGAUUUAAAAGAAUAUAAGAAUUAAGUUCUGAUAGGUAAAUGGUGGCUCCGGUAAUAUUUAUUAUUUUUGUUCCUAUUUUUGUAGCUAUUAUUGUUCUUUUUUUUAUUCAUCAAUUACGUACAAGAAAGAUUCUUGAGGAAGAUCAUGAUAUAGAUAAGUCAAGAUUUUCGGUAGUUCAAUUGUACAAGUCAAUAUUUUUUUGUUUUAGAAAGAAGUCACCAAAAAAGAAUAUUGAUAGACAAGAUUUUGAAGGAAGUUCUUUAAAUGAUAUUAUACCGGAUAUUUAUUUACCUCCAAUUAUUUUUUCAUCACAAGAUUUGAAUUUAUUUGCGCGUACUUUUCAUUCUGAUACAAAUGAUACUCGAUAUCAUACAGGAGUUUCAGUUUUAUCGAAGACAUGAUUUUUAUAGUAUUAGAUAAUUAAUGGAUUUGAAGUUAU